AUGCAUACGUCUUCAAUCAUUCGAUCUCCGCUUGUUCCAAUUGUAAUCGAACAAACCGGUAGAGGCGAAAGAGCUUAUGAUAUCUACUCCAGACUUUUAAAAGAACGUAUAAUAUGCCUCAUGGGUCCAAUAAAUGAUGAUCUGUCCAGUUUGGUUGUUGCUCAGUUGUUGUUCCUACAAUCUGAAAGUAACAAAAAGCCCAUCCACAUGUACAUUAACAGCCCAGGCGGGUCUGUCACAGCAGGCCUGGGUAUAUAUGACACCAUGCAGUAUGUCCUGCCACCUAUUGCUACCUGGUGUGUCGGCCAAGCUUGCAGUAUGGCUUCAUUAUUAUUAUGUGCAGGUAGGCCAGGUAUGAGACAUUCACUGCCAAAUUCAAGAGUUAUGAUCCACCAGCCAUCAGGUCAGGCAGUUGGACAAGCAACUGACAUCCAGAUACAGGCCGAGGAAAUUAUAAAGUUAAAAAAACAAAUUAAUGAGCUGUAUGUGAAACACACAAAGCAGCCUUUAGAUCUUAUUGAAUCUAGCAUGGAAAGAGACCGUUUUAUGAGUCCCAUUGAAGCUAAGAACUUUGGUCUUAUUGAUCAAGUGCUAGAACAUCCUCCUUUAGACAUCGAAACAGGAAAUGAUAAAAACAAAUAG